AUGUAUCUCAAAGGACCCAGCCCCCAGCACCACGACGGCUCCGGCCUCCGAGUGGCCAUUGUCCACGCCCGAUGGAACGAGACCAUCAUCGAGCCCCUCGUCGCGGGCGCCAAGGAGAAGCUCCUAGCUGCCGGCGUCAAGGAGUCCAAUAUCGUCGUCCAAUCCUGCCCUGGCUCCUGGGAGCUGCCCAUUGCCGUCCAGCGACUACCUACCCCGACCGAUCCGGCCUCGGAACACCCAGCUAACUCAAGAGCCUUCCUCCUCAGCCUCAUCUCUGCCUCCCAGAUCCAGUCCAACACCACCGGCGCCCCCUCCGCAACGGACCUGCUCGCCGCGUCCACCUCCGACCUGACCUCCCUCUCCACCAGCUCCUCCUCGGGCCCGUUCGACGCCGUCAUCGCCGUUGGCGUCCUCAUCAAGGGAGAGACGAUGCACUUUGAGUACAUCGCGGAUGCCGCCGUGCACGGCCUGAUGCGGGUUCAGCUGGAUACGGGCAUCCCCGUCAUCCUCGGCAUCCUCACCGUGCUCAAUGAGGAGCAGGCAAAGGCUCGGGCUGGCGUUGACGGCAAAGGCCACAACCAUGGCGAGGACUGGGGCUCCGCAGCUGUCGAGAUGGGUGUAAAGAGACAAGAAUGGGGCACUGGAAAGAUCGAGGGAUAG